UCGACGGGUAGCCACGCUUGGAAGUGUGACCGCAGUUGUCCGCUCGUCCGCAGAGGCGUCGCGAUGGUGCCCCGGGAGCGCGCUGUCCUGGCGGUGCUGCUGCUGUUCGCGGCGCAGGUGACCAUGGCAACCGGGGAGACCCGGUGUAAACCGGGCGAGUAUGAGGUUAACGGCCUUUGCCGCUCCAGCAAACUCUGCCCGGCUGGCCACUACGUCCGCGAAUACGUAGACCAGGACCACAGCAUCAGAGAGUGCAGGGAGUGCGAGUCUGGAACCUUCCGGGCCCACCCCAGUGAGGAGAGCAGCUGCAUGCCGUGUUCCCAGUGCCGGGAGGCAGAUCAGGAGGUGGUGACUGAAUGCUUCCCAACCAGCGACCGGCUAUGCCAGUGCAAGCAGGGCAGCUUCUACUGCGACUCCAAGCACUGCACGGAGAGCUGCUUCCGGUGCAAAAGGUGUGAAGACAGCACCAUCCUUCAACCCUGCAACGCCACAAGGGAUACAGUUUGCGCCGUAAAAAUUCAUCCAGAGGCUGGAAACCUAAACUGGUUGUGGAUCCCCCUUGCUGUGGCUACGGGCCUUUCCAUCGCCGUGGCCAUCAUCACUGUCACCUUUUGCCACUAUAGAAGAAGAGCUGCGUGGUUUUUCCAGUCGGUUGUCGGUUUUGUGAAACAAAAUCCAAAGGAGCCAGGCAGCCCUUCACCUAGAAGCAGCCAGCCCAAGGAGAUGCAGAUGCCCAUUGACCUUGAGAGGGGCCAACCAGCCCCUGGUGUGGAGACCAGGCCGCUGUCGGAGGUGGAAGACUCAGCCCUGGCGCCCAAGGCCAGGACCCGCCUGGGGCCCUCCAAGGACGCUGGGGAAAUCUUUGAGCUACAGGAGCUGGGGGCCAAAGGAAGUCCAGCAGCCCCAGAGCAGACACUACAACAGACUCAAGCUCCCGAGGCCCCCAGGCCCCCAGGCCAAGCAGAGGUGUCCCCUUCCCUCCGCAGCCUGGAGCAGGCUGGAAGUCGGAGAUCAAGGUGUCGGCAGGGUCACUUCCCGCCGAGGGCUCUGAGGGAGAAUCUGGUCCAGGCCUCUCCCAGCUUCUGGUGGUUUCCGGCAAUCUGUGAGGUUCCUUGGCUUGGAGAAGCAUCCCCCCAUCUCUGCCUUCAUCUUCACGUGGCCUUCUCCCUGUGUGAAGGCAAUCUGACCCUGCCCACCUGUGAAUGGCUGCAAGAAAGAAGAAAUUAAUGCACCCCCUCCUCAAGGAUGGUCAUUCCAGGAGCUGAUUUGCAAGACUGAUGGUCCUCUUUACUUCCCCACCGCCUCUCCCUCUCUCUCUAUUCUGCCUUUUUACUUUACUUCCCUGUCUGAUUCUAUAAAAGAAACUGGAAUCCAGACCCUGAUAAGGUGGUUAUUUUGAGACAUAAGUCUGCCAUCUUCUCGGUCUGCUGCCUUUCCGAAUAAAGUCGUAUUCCUUGUC